GCCUACAUAUUUGAGAAUAUUGGAUCAGUUCAGUUGGAGGCUUUACUUCUCUCCUUGCUGAGCAUUGUCGUUCUUGUUCUUGUUAAAGAACUGAAUGAGAAAUUUCAGAGAAAUGUUAAAGUUGUUCUUCCCAUUGAUCUAGUUUUGAUAAUUGCUACAUCUGUUGCCUGCUACUAUGCUGAUAUGGAAUACGUCUACGGGUUACAAGUUGUGGGACCUAUUCCUGAAGGGUUACCAUCACCGAAAGCACCACCCAUGAAUGUCCUGCCUGAAGUAGUCACUGAAGCUUUUGGAGUAGCACUGGUUGGUUAUGUAGCAUCACUAGCUCUAGCCCAAAGCUCUGCUAAGAAGUUUAAGUACACUGUGGAUGACAACCAGGAAUUUUUCGCUCAUGGCCUCAGCAACGUGAUUCCUUCAUUUUUCUUUUGCAUACCAAGUGCUGCGGCGAUGGGACGGACGGCACUUUUGUACAGUACGGGCGCCAAAACACAGGUGGCUUGCCUUGUCUCUGGUGCAUUAAUUCUUGUGGUGAUCUAUGCAAUUGGACCUAUGCUAUACUGGCUGCCUAUGUGUGUGCUAGCAAGUAUUAUUGUUGUGGGCUUGAAAGGGAUGUUAAUGCAGUUCCGAGACUUAAAAAAAUACUGGAAUAUGGAUAAAAUAGACUGGAGCAUAUGGGUUAGUACCUACGUGUUUACAAUAUGCUUUGCCGCUAACGUGGGACUGUUGUAUGGCGUUGUCUGCACUAUAGUAAUUGUGAUUUUCCGCUUUUCCAGAGUAAAGACACUGAAUUUGAAAAAUUUGAAAGAAGUGGAAUAUAAAUACAAAUCAGAAGAUAAUUGUGAAUCAUUAAAACAGGUAAAGAUACUUUCAGUCAACAACCCAUUAGUCUUUCUGAAUGCUAGAAAAUUUCACGCUGACCUGAUAAACAUAAUCCAAAAGGAUAGUACGAGCAGCCAGGCAUGUGAAGAUGCAAACAAGUGUGAUCAGAACACGUUGCUCUGUUCAUUUUCCAACGGAAGUUGUCCUGGUGAGUUGUUGCAGUCAUGUCAGAGUGAGCGACGUGUUUUGAUAUUAGACUGCAGUGGACUGAAUUUCUUUGACUACACUGGAAUAUCAGUUCUGCUUCAGAUUUACAUGGACUGUAGAAACAGACACAUCGACAUGUUGCUAGCACACUGCAAAGCUUCCUUGAUAAAAGCAAUGCAGUACGGAGGAAAUCUUGAAUCUGAAAAUCCCAUCUUCUUUGAAUCUAUUUCUUCAGCAAUCGAUGCCAUUCAAAUUCACAGGAACUACAGCAAGUUCAGUGAACAGAGUGAAGUGUGA